UACGAGAGCUGGGGAUUUUGCCGGCUCAUCAUGAAGAGGUCUUCAAACCCGAAAUAAGUACAAAUAAACAUAAAGAAUGACUGCAAUUCUCGGUGGAGGUAUCGCCGGUCUCUCCGCAGCCUUCUACGCCCUGGAGAACCCAAAAAUCGGGCCUUUAAUUCUCUUUGAGGCGUCAGAUCGCCUGGGGGGAUGGAUAAAAACCGAAAAAUCAAAGUCUAGUGCUCUUUUCGAGAAAGGCCCGAGAACAUUGAGAAUCGCAGGUCUGUCCGGAAAAAACGCACUCCAAAUGAUUGACAACCUCGAUCUGACCAACAAGAUCAUCCCCAUUCCGUCGACGCAUGUAUCAGCUAGGAGUCGAUUGAUUUAUGCCGACAAAAAAUUGCACACCCUACCGAACUCCAUGGCGAGUCUAUUCAAAUUCAAUUCCCUAGUCGAUCGACCGCUCUUCACCGUUAUGUUUAAUGAUCUGAUAGCAAAAAAGGGAGAGAACAGGGAUGAGAGCAUAUACAGCUUCGUGGAGAGGAGAUUUGGGAGAGACAUCGCUGAUUACUUAAUUAGUCCCAUGAUAUGUGGCAUUUGUGCUGGGGAUGCUAAGAAAAUCAGCGUAAAUUUUUUGAUGAAAACUCCCGCAGAGUUUGAACAAAAGCACAGAUCGAUAGGUCUGGGAUUGAUAAAGGAAGGAUUGCAGAACAUUUUCAAUUCAAAACGAAAUGCAGAACAGGAAAAAAAGGAGGAAGAGAGUAGUGAGGGCUCAGCAGCGCGAGCUACGAAGGAGAAGUGGGCAAUCUGGAGCCUCCAAGGGGGUCUCCAGCAGAUUCCGGAGGCACUGGAGAAAAAAUUAACAUCGAAAAACGUGAAAAUUCGGGCGAAAACUGAAGUUAGAAACGUUACAUUUAAACCGGACUGUGUAGAGUUGGAAGUGGAUGGCGGGGUUCAGAAGUAUGAGAGGGUGAUAGCCAGUUUAUCAGCUGAAAGACUGGGGAGGAUUUUGGAGAGACAGCAUCCCCAGCUGGCGAGAGAGCUGGAGGCUAUUCCCGCCGUCACUGUCGCUGUAAUAAAUUUUGAAUUUCCAGGGAAAGUUCUGCCGAUGGAGGCCUUUGGAUUUCUAGUGCCUCCCAAGGAGAAAAUUCCCAUUCUAGGGGUGAUUUUUGAUUCUUGUGUGUUUCCACAGAAAGCGUCGACGGUACUGACAGUAAUGAUGGGCGGUGCAUGGUUCGACGAAUAUUUCGGUGUUAAUUCAUCGCAAGCACACAUGGAGACUGUGGCACUAGAGCAAUUGAGAAGAAUUCUCGGCAUAAAGGUCGACCCCUCGGACAGUCACUUCCAAAUUCUUGAGAAUUGCAUUCCUCAGUAUAUCGUUGGCCACGAGGAGAGACUCAAGAGAAUACGCAAUUAUAUCACUGCUCAUAAAAUGCCUCUCAUACUCUGUGGCUCCUCUUAUCAAGGCGUUGGCCUUAACGACGUUAUUCUGUCAGCGAAACAGGCCGUUCAUGAUAUUUCGUGAGAAUUUUAUACAUUUUUAUUUUUUAACGAACAUAGAAUAGAUUUACUAAUGAGAUUUUUCAUAAUUUGUUGCAUUAACUUCAUGCCCUGGAGCCAUGCGAGUCUGUAGAUAAACAUGCAAAAAAAUACACAAAUAAGUGAAUAAAUAAAACAGUGAAGUAAA